GAAAGGGCGGCGUGGCCGGAGCGGUGCCGGGAGCGGGAUCGGGGCCGGAGCGGGCCCGGGCCGGGGAUGGCGGUGCCCUUCGUGGAGGACUGGGACCUGGUGCAGACGCUGGGCGAAGGCGCCUACGGGGAGGUGCAGCUGGCCGUGAACCGCCGCACCGAGGAGGCCGUGGCCGUGAAGAUCGUGGACAUGAAACGCGCGGCCGAGUGCCCAGAGAACAUCAAGAAGGAAAUCUGUAUCAACAAAAUGCUGAGCCACGAGAACGUCGUGCGGUUCUACGGACACCGGCGGGAGGGGGCCACGCAGUACCUGUUCCUGGAGUACUGCCGGGGCGGAGAGCUCUUCGACCGCAUCGAGCCAGACGUGGGGAUGCCGGAGGCAGAGGCGCAGCGGUUCUUCCAGCAGCUGAUUGCGGGCGUGGUUUAUCUGCACAGCAUCGGCAUCACCCACCGUGACCUGAAGCCAGAGAACCUGCUGCUGGAUGAGCGAGACAACCUGAAGAUUUCGGAUUUUGGCCUGGCCACGGUGUUCCGGCACAACGGGCGGGAGCGGCUGCUGAACAAGAUGUGCGGGACCCUGCCCUACGUGGCCCCGGAGCUGCUGCGGCGCCCCGAAUUCCGCGCCGAGCCCGUGGACGUCUGGGCCUGCGGGGUGGUGCUGACAGCCAUGCUGGCCGGAGAGCUGCCCUGGGACCAGCCCAGCGACAGCUGCCAGGAGUACAGCGACUGGAAAGAGAGGAAAACCUACCUCCCACCCUGGAAGAAGAUCGACUCAGCUCCCUUGGCACUGCUGCACAAGAUCCUCACCGAGAGCCCGACGGCGAGGAUCACCAUCCCCGACAUCCAGAAGGACCGGUGGUACAGCAGACCCCUCAAAAAGGAUGUCAAGCGGGCUCGGCUCUCCUCGGGGGGGGUCGCUGACUCCCCUGGAGGCUUCUCCAAGCACAUCCGAUCCGAUACAGACUUCUCACCGGUGAAGGGAGCACUGGGUGAGGACAAGGCAAGCUAUUCCACGUCGCAGCCGGAGCCCGGCACGGGCGGGAUGCCGUGGGAGAGCGGUGCGGGAAGCAUCGACCAGCUGGUGCAGGGCUUCAGCUUCUCCCAGCCCGCCUGCCCCGAGCACAUGCUGGUCAACAGCCAACUGCUGGGCACCCCCGGCUCCUCCCAGAGCCCGUGGCAGCGGCUGGUGAAGCGGAUGACRCGGUUCUUCACCAAGCUGGACGCCGACGGCUCGUACCGCGCGCUGAAGGAGGUGUGUGAGAAGAUGGGCUACGGCUGGAAGAUGAGCUGCACCAACCAGGUGGGACUGGGGCUGAAAUCGGGGCUGGUGAAGAUCAAGGCCAAGCUCAGCGACAUCGUCAGCACCCAGAAAGUCUGGCUGCCYGGCACCUGAGCCCCUGCACCGCUCCYCCGCCUCUUCCUCCUCUUYCUCCUCCUCCUCUUCCUCCUGGCUGGGCUCUGGCAGCACCACCCAAACGCUGUGAAGGUGCCCAGCCCCCUGUUUUAGGUUUUGAAGGUUCAAUAAAGCCCUGGGGGCACACGAAGCGAGGCUGGYGCUGCAGUGGGG